AUGGCGAUCGAAUCCGGUCUUCCGUCUCGCUAUGAGAUCCGCACACUUGGCCCAGAGCACUCAGACUGGGCCAACGCAAUCGUAAUGCACAGCACCUCAUUCGCGUCACCAGUCUGGUCGAAAAUCUACUCCGAGGGCAAGACGGGAAUGUGCUAUAGCAUGUUCAAGGUGGGCGCACACUUGAUCAACCACCAGAUCGAGUCCGGCCUGUCUCUCGGCAUCUUCGACAAGGAGUACAAGUUCAAGCGCCCUGAGUCGGUGGCAACGGGUGGUAAGCUGUACUGGAACUUGAACGACGAGAGCGCGGAUGAGGUCGCGCUGCUAGAGCAGAUGGAUUUCCCGCUGGUAUCUGUGGCCAUGGCCUACGACAGCUCCAACCCGCUCGACAUGGCUCGAAUCACGCCGUUGGUUGAGAUCAUGCCGCUGCUCGGCGUACGAAACAGGAUUCUUCAAGAGCGUGAUACGCGAGAUCCGAAAAGCUGGCAAGCUACAGGCCCUGGUCAGGUGCUCUUCCGCAACGCCACAGCGACAAAAGCGGGCGAAGAAGGCCGCGGACUCAUGAAGCUGCUUGCGCAGUACAUGAUGCGGAAGUCGGCGGCGGAGGGGUUCCGCGGCAUUCAGAUCCAGUGUCUCCAUGAUGCCGUUAAUCAUGUGUGGAGUCAGCCGCCGGAGCCGUUCAAGGGAGAGGUCGUGGCCAAGUUCAACUGUGCUUCGGACGAGGAUGAGGAAGUCAGGCGCAGCUUUCAAGGGUCAAAUCAGGAUAUCACGAAGGUUUACGUAACACUGAAGUUGUUGGACCAAAUUGACCGUCAAAAGACGAGGGACCCACUCGUUGUAGAAUGA